GUGUGUGUUUUCCAUUGUGAUUACGUUAUAUCUGUUCUAGUUAUGUUGCUGUUUGUGUUGUGCUGGAUAGUGUUGUAUUCGAUUUGAAGGUUAUCCGUCUUGUGACAAAGAGUCUUGAGCAACAAGCUAAAGGUGUUGUGGUUGACAUCGCUAAUGUAUUACAACUAGAUUAUAAUUGAUAAGAAGGAAAUAGUUGAGGAAUUUAUAGUUUUAUUUGCUAAAGAUUUUGAAACCAUGUUUAAGAUAAAAUCAACCAAGAAAGGUUUUGGGUUGAUUCAAAUUAUUGUGUUUGGUCAGAAAUUGCACAACACACAAUCUAGCAAAAGAAGCAUGUAUUGUCUUCUUGGCUGAUUUUAUUAAAAUGUUACAUUGUUUAGGAAAGACACCUAGAAUAUUUUGGAGUUUAAAUUGUACAAAAAAAUUGUUUUAGUUGAUUUACCAUAAGACUAAGAGAGUCUUGAAUGACUUUAGAUUGCUUAAAAAAAAGAAAUUACCAUGAGUAAUUAUUCUUGCCUCAUUUACUAGUUGAUUUGUCUUCAAAUUACAUUCAAGCUCAGUCAAUUAGCUUGUGGAAAGAUAGUUUUUCUUUGAUACUGUUUUAGCUGAGACAUUGAUUCAUGGGUAGUAACAUGAGACAGGAGUGGCACGUGUUUACUUAUUUAUUGGUCACACUGAAUGUGGGGACUUAGUUUAGACUUUCUGCCAGAUCGUUUGAAUGCCCUGAGCCAUGCUCUUCAACUCUCCAUACCUCUGAACCCACCUUCUGCAGCAGCCCGUUUGACAUCGCUGGCCUUUUCGCUCUGCUGAGUCUGCACCAUUCAAUGAGCUGGACCACCGUCCUCCAUGUCUGAGACGAAGAGGAGAGCCCCGGUGCCCCCCACCUACGCCACGCCCGCUGAAGCCCGCUCCCAGAUGGAGAGGUCCCCCAGGAACUGGUCUGCCUCAGAGGGGCCGGUCCGGGCCAUCGAGAACCCGGCAUACAUCGAGUCUGACGCAUCAGCGCUGGGCAGAAGACCGGCGCUUCCCCUCCCGGACUAUGAGACGCUGUUCCCCAAGAAGAGGCACGGGGUGCAGGGGCAGACGCGAUGGGAUCACCUCAUCGCUGAGGUCAAUCAGAAGACCAGGGACAGGCCCGAGGGCUUCCUCGGUGAGGAGAUGAGCGUGGACGGUCCAGAGGAGAAGAGACCGGAUCGGCAGCACAGACCGCCGUCUCGGACCAGGCAGAGCGACGGUGAAGGGCAGAGGCCGGCCGACCGCGUUCCUCAACCUCAGGUUCAUGAGGCUAAACCCGUUUCAUCCAAGAAGAUGUCUCCGCCGCCUAAACCCGAAACAGCUCCACUCCAAAGACCCACCGUAGACUACAGUCCAAAACAACGGCAGAGCCCUGCAAACGCCCACACGGCUGGGCAGAGGCCAAACGCGUCGGCAUUGCCAGGGUUUGUUGGCACUCAAACACCGAGCAGAGAAGUCCCCUUAGGAAGGGGGAGGGAGGGUGUUGGGAGAGAAGUGUCAGCAGUUGCUAUUGAAGGGCGAACUCUUCAGCCCGCGGUGGUGCCCAAUAUACCCAGCCAAACGGCUCGGGAUGUAAAGACAGAGCUGGCCGUCAAAGAGGUGCCCACAGCCAGACCCAGGCAAAAGGUUGUCAGCAUGGAAGGAGAAAAGCAAGCAGAUGUGCGAGCAACAGAUUCUCUGAAAAGCAACAAUCCAUCAUCCAACCAAAUGGACAAGAAGUUGAAGGAAGGCGAGGCAUUCCUCAGAAGAGAGCUUGUAUCCAAAGAUUUGUGGGCGAAAUCUGAGCAAAACGCCAAUGCAGAUCAUCUUUUUACAGGCAAGGUACAAGAAGAGGCAAAACUGGAAGAUAAGGGAAUGACUGCAGACGAUUUUGAUCAACUUUUUGCUGCAGAAAAUCAAAGUGAUCCCUUUGACAGAUUUUAUGAUGGUGACUCUGAAAAAACUCAUCAGCAGUUUGAAAGAAAAUUCAUGGACUUGAAUCAACCAAAUCCUUCUUUAAAAAAACGGCUUUCCCAGAGAGGUAAAGCGACGCUUGCAACACACCCUCCAUCCAGCAACGUAAAUGUCAAACAGGAGCCUACGUUUCAUGCGGACGCCACCACACCCAUUGCUGUGGAAAGGCUCGCGUCCAGAGAGACCGGGAUGACCCCUCCGCUCGCCUCAAACGGAGCAGAAUGGACUGAGAAUCCUCUUGCGGAAGACCCAUUUGGGACGGACCCGUUUGCGGGAGAUUCCUUCAGAUCUUCCGAUCCCCACAGGCCGUCUUUGGAUGAGUCCGGGUCCGAGGCAGAAGGGUCGUCUGGGGGGAGGAAUCUCUUGCGAGCCUGGGUCUCGCCCGCCGAGGGUCAGUCUGCCGGUGCACAGAGUGUCAUUGUUAGCGGGCCAGCUUCAUCUUUUCGCAGGCCUCAUCCUGUGAAGCCCAUGAGCUCAGCUGAAAACCAGUUCCCCUCUAGCUCCCCAGCUGUGAAGGACAUCAGGAUCCUUGACACCAAAGCCGCCCACAUCAAGGCGGAGGUCCUGGCGGAGGGCGCCGGAGCCUACACCCAGCUCACCCAGGAGGAGCUCAUCACGCUGGUGGUGAAGCAGCAGCUUGAGCUGACCAAGAGGAAGAACAAGAUCGCGGAGCUGGAGGAGUACAUCGACAACCUGCUGGUCCGCGUGAUCGACGAGAAGCCAAGCAUCCUGCUGGGGAUCAGCUCCAGCAAGCCAGCGUAGGAGAGGGGGAGAGCCGACCCGUACUGAAAGCCUCCUUCUCUUUGUGCUGCACUGUGCGGCAGUCGGUGUUCCCUGUUGGCAACACAAUCUAUGACGAUGAAGGACUUUCAUUCGCCUAGAGCAAAUGCACUUUCUUUAGUCUCUGGGUUCAGAUAACGAUGUAAUAUCGGUCUGACACGGCUGGACGGUUUUUAAGCAAAUGGAUAAUCACAAGUCAUUAGUCCGCAGCGAUCAACGAUAUAUUCUAGUUUAGAGGGCGUUCGACCCUAUGCUACAGAGUCCUUUAAUCAAAUAAUAGAUAAAAGUGAUUUCCACACUCACUCUGGCUUCGUUUGCCACAUCUCCCAGAGAAAAACAAUCAUUAUGGUCCCUGCUGACUUCUCUGCUACGAGUCAUUACAGCCGGUCAGUUUCCUGGCUUCAUUGCACCGAUAUCCUGUAGCCAACACACAACACCACACGCCUUAUUGUUUGGUCUUCCAGUGGACUCAGGAGAUGCUUUUUAGAAGGCUAAUAUGUAGCUCAGAUGCUGUAUAAUUGUAUCUGAAUCAUGACCCUUGAUAUAUAUUUUUCAACGUCUAAAGAAUAAUUAUGUCAUUACAAAACUGCAAUCUCAAUGGUAGAGUGCCGUAAAUACUGUUGGUUAGGUGGACGAUGCUGAGCCAAAAAGGCUCUGUAAAGAACCCAUGCAGCCCUAGUCUUAUUACUUGGAUAGCUUUGUUGGGCUUUUUUUUUCUUAACCAAAGUCCAGGUUUCUUAUACCAAAUAUCUGUGAACCUUCUCGUGCUUCUUAAUUUUGUAAUCAGUUACAUUUUGUUCUAAAAAGUUGAAUAACACUGUGCCUAUUUCUGCAGUAUAGUUGUCAUUCAGAAAGUCAGCAAUAACAAGGUAGGCUGCUAGUGGCAGCCCUUUAUUCAUGAUUUGUUCCAUGGACAUUAAUGUGAUAUGAAUAUAUAUAUAUAUAUGAUUCUAUAUUAAUCAUUUUAUCAGUCCACUUAUGCUAUUUAAUCCCUUCAGCACACUAUAUUUUUUUCUACUAUAAAAUAUGUUUGCAUCUCCUAAGCACAUAUAUUUAUGCAAUGAUGAGUGAUGGCACAGUUUGUUGUAAAUAUUGAUGAGAGAUUAAUAAAAAGACCAAGAAAGGAAAGAAACAGAAUUGGAUAAAGGAAAGAUAAUCGGCUUGUUUAUUCUAUGCAUUGUUAAAGUGUAAUAUCCAGCGAGGCCUUUUGAAUGUAACCUCCAACACACUAAAUAACACGUAAUCACGUGACUGUCUUUUGUUUAGUAAUGUUAGAGCAAUAAUUGCUAACAAUAAUGUACGUUGAUGUUGAUAUUGGAUUGUGCCUUCAAAUAAAGUGUUACUCUUGCCUUACAAGUG